UUUUUUUUGUUACACAGGUCUAGGUGGCUCGGCGUCGAACAUCACAUCGCUAGCAAAAAUUACACAAGCGUUUUUGUUUUGAUGUUUUCCACGGUUUUUGCAAAUAGGAAUUCAAUUUCACUUCUAUCUAGGAACAGAAAACUGCAUUUUUAUUUCCGCGCGAUCUAGAUUUAUUUUCGAAACAGUGGCGGAAAAUGUUAGGUGUUUUUCUCACGUGUGUUUUAAUGUUGCACGGUUCAUCUGGUGUUGAUUCAGAGAAAGUGUCAGUGAUGGAGGGAGAUUCAGUCACUCUACACACUGGCAUCAAAACAAAUCUAAAAGACAGAAUAAAUUGGUAUUUUAAUAAUGAUCGUAUCGCUCAGAUCAGUGGAGAUCAGAGUAAGAUCUGUGCAGAUGCUGAGUGUAAAGAGAGAUUCAGAGACAGACUGAAGCUGGAUAAUGUGACUGGAUCUCUGACCAUCACAAACAUCAACACCACACACUCUGGACUCUAUACACUAGAUAUCAACAGCCGCUACACUGAAAAUAUCUUCAGUGUUUCUGUUCAUGAUGCUCCUGCCGCUGAUCAAGAAGAAAUAAAGACAGUGAAGGGAGAAUCUGUCACUUUAGAUCCUGGUGUCAUGAACAACACAAAUUGUUCGUUCACGUUUCUUUUUAAUGACGUCUGCAUCGCUGAAAUCAGUGAAGAACCCAGUAAGAGCUGCACAGAUGUUCAGUGUGAGGAUGCUGAUGAGAGAUUCAGAGACAGACUGAAGCUGGAUCAUCAGACUGGAUCUCUGACCAUCACAAACACCAGAAACACAGACUCUGGACUUUAUCAACUACAGAUCAUCAUCGACAUCAGCAGCUUCAGUAUUAGGAGGAGCAGGAGUUUCAGUCUUACUGUCACUGGUUCAGGUCUGUCUCUAGCUGCUGUAGCAGGAAUAUGUGCAGCUGUAGUUAUUCUGAUCGUGACUGCCGCUGCUGCUGGUGUAAAGUACUAUCUUGAGUAAAAGAAAGGUAAGUAUUACACACAGAUCACUGAACAAGAUGAAAUAAUAGAGUCAUUGAGUGUGCAAGAUGUGAAAAUAUGUAUUUUCAUUCUUAUUCACCAAAGUUAUCUUUCUGUG